AUGUCGAGCAUCUUUGUUAAACGGUGACGUAUAAGGAAGUAAGCUAUGUUGUUAACGUCGAAGUACAGUUUAUUACUCGGAGGGUUCCUCUAAAGAAAUAGUUUUUAAUAUUGUACAGAAUCAAUUAAAAAAACUCGCGUCAUCUUUCAACUUUCGAGCUUUUUAAAAAUACGCUUCCGGGAGUCCUAUAAUUACAGCUUCUUUUUAUUUUAAAUAUUUUUAAUUAACGCUAGCUGCUAGCAUCACAGCUGAGGUGCUGAAUGAUGGUUUUCUUCACCCGGUCAGUAAUUCAGUGAUGAUUAAUUAUGUCUCCUGCUUUACUUCACUGCUGGGUUGGUGAUGUCGUGGCACUCACUCCUUCCUUUUCUGAGUGAACAAUGGAGAGAAAAUUCUCUGUUCAUCCUGUCACAGAGACUCAGGAGAGGAUCAGGACCUGGUAGUGGUUCCUCAGGUCCAAGGGACUGGACACCAGACCUGGUAGUGGUUUGUCAGGUCCAAGGCACAGGACACAGGACCUGGUUGUGGUCCCUCAGGUCCAAGACACAAGACCUGGCAGUGGUUCCUCGGGUCCAAGGACAGCAAACGAUUGACUGGGGGUUUUUUGGAUCAGGAGAACAUGGAAGAUGAGGCGUUUGAGCAGAUUGUGUCCGUGUUUAACCAGUUGGUGUCGUGGAUCGCUGGUGGUGCCAUGGUCUUUGGAGGAGUUGUACCUUACAUCCCCCAGUACAGAGACAUCCGCCAGACCCAGAACGCGGAGGGCUUCUCCACUUAUGUCUGCCUGGUCCUCCUGGUGGCCAACAUCCUGCGAAUACUCUUCAGGUUUGGUCGUUACUUUGAGACGCUGCUUCUGUGGCAGAGUAUUGUCAUGAUUGCCACCAUGCUGAUCAUGCUGAACCUGUGCACCAACGUCCGCACGGCCACUGAACUCACCACCAAAAGACGCUCCUUCAUAGCAACAGACAUUAAGGAUGAGGAUGUCAGAAUCCCUAAGAGGCUCUUUCUGGAUUUUGACUGGAGUUACUUCUGGUUGUGGAGUCGCUUCGUGGACUAUUUGCAGUGCGUGCUGGCCUUCACGUUGCUAGCGGCCUACAUCACCUACCUCCUCUUGGAUUCGGCAUUGUUUGUGGAAUCCCUGGGUUUCCUGGCUGUCUUCACAGAAGCAAUGCUGGGCACACCGCAACUUUACUGCAAUUAUCAGAACAAGUCCACUGAGGGCAUGAGUAUCAAGAUGGUGCUGAUGUGGACCAGCGGCGACACCUUUAAAACAGGCUACUUCCUGCUUACCAAGGCUCCCGUGCAGUUCUGGACAUGUGGCCUCCUGCAGGUUAUCGUGGACUUCGCCAUCCUGUUCCAGGUUUACUACUACAGCCGUUACCCACAGAAACCAGUGUCCCACACGGUCUCCCACACCACCAGCGCCAAAGCUCUCUGAAAGCUUCACGAGGACGGCUGCGCACGUUGAACUCCAAAACAGCAGGGGGCGCUGUGGACACAUGCAGUGUUAACACUCCGGUAUGAGCCUUGCUCCGUCCAGACAGAUAAGACCGGAACACACACAAUCGGUAGUAUUUGUGUCUAUAGCAUUUCUUCUUCUGCGCGGCGCUUAUUAAAAACUAAAACACGUCGUUUUGUUUAUUACCGUGAUGAUUUAUUCUCAGUGCGCACACUGUGCUUGUGUUUUAAUAAGUGGACUCCAAACGGGAUAUAUCCUUGAAUAAACGUGCAUGUGAGGAACGUUAUGCACAUAUAUGGUUUGUAGGAACUGCACAUGUUUGCACUGAAAUCUGUACCUGGGCUAGCGCUAUGAUAUGCUAAUGCUUAACCAAGCCUUGAGCCACACGAUGUAUCCACGAAUUGUACCAGCGGCAUUAAAAGCCAAAUUCACAUGACAAAAAGUUUCAUCAAAGGUCAUUUGACUCGUUAAUAACCCCAAAAACUAAUUCACAUGACCUGUGUGUGGCCGUGACAGACAUUCUUAGCCACUGUGGCUAAAAGCAUGCAAGUUCUUUUAACCACUUGGCGUUUCUCUUGGCAUUUUGGUGCUACUCCAUUGUGCUCCAGGAGAUGUACACAAGCUUUCCUCGUCCACACAUGCUGAUGAUUGUUGCAUGGAGCCGUUGCCUUAAACACACAUCCAGUCGAACACAAGUGUGCUGCACUAUCAGCAAUACAAAUGUACCAGUCGGUCAGAAUUCUGAACACACAACGCAGCUGAAUGUACAAAAA